AGUACACUUUAGGGCUGCUUCCCUCUCUCUCUUUCUCUCUCUCUUGUUUUUUCGUCUUCCCUCCCCAUCCCCCUCUAUUUCUCUGGCACCUUUUUACCAUGUCACCAACUUCUAUAUUUGUGUCACAAAAUACUGCUAAACGUCUAAAGACUGAGGAAUCUAAUUCGGUGGAGGAGAAGUUCUUUCCGGGUCUUUUUAGUCAAGAAUCCCGCGACACUAUACGAAAGGCCGUCCUGACAUCGCAACCUUAUCCGCAUUGUAAAAUAUCACAAUUAGUUGACGAUUCUCUUUUGAGACGUGUUCAUAAGGAGAUCUACAGGGAGCUAAACUUCACUAAUAAAGAAACUGAUAUUUACAAGGUAAAUCAAACAGGCGAUCUUGCAAAUAUGGAUGGCCUUAAUGAUGAUGAGCGUAACAAGCUUUCCGCUUUGUUUGAACUUCGUAACGCUAUAUACUCAAAAGAAUUUCGUGAAUUUGUGUCUGAAGUCACUGGCUGUGGUCUAUUAUCACCUACAAAAAUGGAUAUGAGUGUCAAUACUUACACAGAAGGAUGUCACCUUUUGAACCAUGACGAUGUAAUUGGCACACGUCGUAUCUCUUUUAUACUGUAUAUGCCUGGUGAUCCUGACGAAACUUGGGAUCCAAGUUAUGGUGGGGCUCUUGAACUCUAUCCGGUGGUUGAACGUGAUACCCCUGCCAAUGAACCUGUUGUGUCUGUACCUCCUCAAUGGAAUCAAUUUGCCAUGUUUACCGUCCUACCUGGUUACUCUUUCCAUUCUGUCGAAGAAGUAGUUGUUCAAAAUAAGCCACGUCUUUCUAUUCAAGGUUGGUUCCACUUUCCUCAGAUAGGUGAAAUGGGUUACAAGGAAGAUGCAGAAAAAAGUGACAGCCAGUCUUCUCUCCAACAAAUUGAAGCAGCUGUUGAUUCCAAGGAAAAAUAUAAGCAAUACAACACGGAAUUAACAGAUUCGGAUACAGAACUCUUAUCUGAGAAAGAUAUUGAAUACCUUUCUACUUGGAUGAAUCCCAUUUACCUUGAUUCCAGAUUUUUGACAAAAGUCACAGACAAAUUUCUUGAUGAGUCUGUAGUGCAAUUGAAAAAAAUACUAAACGAAGAAUUGUAUGCGCGCAUCAAAGUGGCAAUUGUUAAAGCUGACCAGCGUGAUGGUUUUACUGAAACUAGAAUACCUCCCCAUGGAAGUGGUAUCUGUGGUGAUUGGAAAGUUCAAGGAUCUCCUAUUUCCCAGCGAUUUCUCAAAUUGACCGAAGUUGCAAACUCUGAUGAAGAAACUUCGGUUAUGUUCGCAAAGUUACGUUCUCAUUUUGAAAGUGAAUCUUUUCGCCGUUGGUUGGCAGUUUUAUCCCAUUUACUGCCUAUUGGUUACAGAGGCGCGGCUCGUCGAUUCCGCCCAGGACAUGAUUUCACUCUAGCGACUACAAAUAAUCGUGGCCAAGCUGUCUUGGAUGUAACCCUAUGUUUGGCUACUAUAACCAAUGAGAAUGAUACAGAGAUGUGGAACACCUGUGAGUAUGGCGGAUACGAGUGUUACAUGUCUUCUCAUGAAGGUGAUGAUGAUCCUGCUACAUAUCGCUCUUUUGACGAUGAUGGUGCACUUCUAACUAUGGCUGCUGGUUAUAAUGAACUUUCCGUAGUUUUGAAAGACGAAGGUGUCAUGCGCUUUGUUAAAUAUGUCAGUGCUAGAGCCCCGGGAGCUCGUUGGGAUGUAUCUUUUGAAUACGACUUACCCGAAGAAGAAGAAGAGUCGUAAUUUAACUCGCCUGUCACUUUCAUAAUCAAUUCAUUUUUACAUACUCAUUUUUCAAGAAUAAAAUAUAAAAGCAUUUAAUCUAAAUAGA